AUGGCUCCGAUUGUGGCGUCUAAGACGGCUUCCGAUCGUGGCAACAAUGCUAAGACUGACAAGAGGGAGGAUAGUAACAACAGUAGCCGCAGUAGCAGCAGAAGUGGCAGUCGCUCGAGUCAAGCUCGAGCCAGCAACUCCAGAGAGAAAUCACGGUCAUCAACACCCACGAGCAAUUCCAACCAGAGGAAAACGGAGCCAUCGAAGCGCACGACAACCCCGUCCUCGGCCAAGUCGUUAACGCGUGCUGCAUCCCCAGCUACGCAACAAGUGGAGAAGAAAACUACGAUUGCGUAUCCGUUGCCAUCUUCUACGUUGCACAAGCAUAAACAAGCCUCAGUUUUUACCUCUGGAAAAAAGAAACACAAAACCAAUUUUUCCAGUGCAUACGACGCUGGGUCGAUUCCAUGCCGGAUCAACCAUGGAAGUAUCCGCAAUUCUCUGCAAUGGACAAAGGAUCCCAACACCUUGUCGUACGACCCGCUACUGAUCACGUGCACUGAGGGAUUCUUGGAGACUGAGCACCCGUUUGUGUUCCUCGCACGCGCUACAUUUCGCGAGCUUUUGAAACUGGAAGAUGCUCGUGAGAAGACGCUCCCGAUUCUUGGUCAAGUAAUCGUGCCGUUACGAGGAGCUCUUAUGGCCAAGGAUGACGACACGUUCCUCAUGGGAUUGGAGGCGACGCGUCUGCUGUCGGAUCUUGUGGAGGGUGAGAUGAACAUUUACCUCCCGAAGCUCACCCAGCAGAUCCACCGCAAACUCCUGACCAAGCAAUUGCGUGUCGAAGUUGAGGACACGCUUGCUGUUCUAGAGAGUAAUGGUGGCAGGGAGGCACUCGCUAUCAUUCGCUCGAAGAUCCCUACGUACGUCUCGAUCCGCUAGUUGUGGCCAAUUGCUCUAGUGUAGCAGUCGUACCUUUCGUUUCAGAUGCCAAGACGUUCUAAAUAUCAAGUUUGAUUUCAUCAAGCAACAAUUGAAAUGGGGCUUACUAAUGCUACUCGUGGGUUCCAACUGAAC